CCGCGCGGUCCAGUCACCAGGGGGCGCGCUGGCCGGCGCCGCGGAUCUGCGAGUUGCGCUGCCCGACUCGUGUCCGCCAUAUUGGAUGCCGCAGCCGCUGCUGCCAGCGCUUCCUCCUCCGUCUUCGCUGUGCGCUGCUGGUUCCUGCGGCCCGAGCGGCGGGGAGGUGAAACAGGAGUCUGACGAAGGAAGAAGAAGGAGGGGGUGGAGAGUGUAGGGGACGGGGCUAGAGGGCGAAGGACCGAGACCGAGCGGGGCGGAGAAGAGAAGGCGCCGCGGCCCAGCCCCUCCCCCGCCCGCUGCCGACCCGCCCCGGCAGCGCCAGUGUUCCCCAGACCGGCGCUCCGCCCGCCCUAGCGGCCAUGCCGGGGCCUCGCUGCCCCUGAGGAAGUCUUUCCCUGCCAGUGCUUGCCCUUCCACUCCCGUCCCGGGGUCGCAGCGGCCGGGUCUCCCGCCGGCGCCCCUCCUCGCGGCCGCGCCGCCGCCCCCGUCUCGCUCUCCCCACCCAGUGCAGUGGCCGCCGCCUCUUCCGCCGCCGGGCUCGGGGCCUCCACACCGACAACAUGGAGGCUGUGAAAACCUUCAAUAGCGAGGAUUGUGCCUCUACUCCUGCUUGUACAGACUGCUUUUCCAGCAGCAUGGACACAAGAAGCAUAUUGUAUUCCCUGAAUGACUACAAACCACCCAUUUCUAAAGCGAAAAUGACCCAAAUUACUAAGGCAGCCAUCAAAGCUAUUAAGUUCUAUAAACAUGUGGUACAGAGUGUUGAGAAAUUCAUUCAGAAAUGUAAACCAGAAUACAAGGUACCUGGACUUUAUGUUAUUGACUCCAUCGUACGACAAUCUCGACAUCAGUUUGGUCAAGAAAAGGACGUGUUUGCACCCAGAUUUAGUAAUAACAUCAUUAGUACUUUUCAGAAUUUAUAUCGUUGCCCUGGGGAUGACAAGAGUAAAAUAGUGAGAGUAUUAAACUUAUGGCAGAAGAAUAAUGUGUUUAAGAGUGAGAUUAUUCAGCCUCUUUUGGAUAUGGCAGCAGGGAUUCCUCCCCCAGUUGUCACACCUGUUUUAGCCAGUACUACUGCUGCUAUGAGCAACACCCCAGGAACUCCUGUGACACCUGUUACUCCAGCCAAUGUGGUCCAAGGUCUACCGGAUCCGUGGGUAUCUCAGAUAACAAACACAGAUACACUUGCAGCAGUAGCUCAAAUCUUACAAAGUCCUCAGGGCCAACAGCUUCAGCAGUUAAUACAAACUUUACAACUACAACAGCAGAAGCCUCAGCCUUCUAUUCUGCAGGCCCUGGACGCUGGUCUCGUUGUACAGUUGCAGGCUCUCACAGCACAGCUUACGGCUGCAGCUGCAGCGGCCAACACCCUGAACCCCUUGGAACAGGGAGUGGCUUUCAACAAGAAGUUGAUGGAUAGGUUUGAUUUUGGGGAAGAUUCUGAGCAUAGUGAAGAGCCCAAAAAGGAAAUUUCAGCUUCUCAACUUUCUCAUGUUUCAGAAUCUGUGAACAAUUCCAUUUUUCAUCAGAUAGCUGAACAACUACAGCAGCAAAACCUUGAACAUCUCAGACAGCAACUCCUAGAACAGCAGCAGCCUCAAAAGGCAACCCCUCAGGAUAGUCAAGAGGGAACAUUUGGAUCAGAGCAUUCAGCCUCACCAUCACAGGGUAGCAGUCAACAGCAUUUUCUUGAACCUGAAGCGAAUUUGGAUGAUUCUAUAGAUAUUCAGCAACAGGAUAUGGAUAUAGAUGAAGGGCAAGAUGGAGUAGAAGAGGAGAUCUUUGAACAAGAAGCAAAGAAAGUGGCUGUUCGCUCAAGAUCAAGAACACAUUCACGAUCUCGCUCAAGAUCACCAAGAAAACGAAGGUCUCGGUCACGAUCUGGUUCCCGAAAGCGUAAACACAGAAAGCGAUCACGCUCACGCUCAAGAGAAAGAAAGAGGAAAUCAUCACGUUCAUACUCAAGUGAAAGGAGAGCGAGAGAAAGGGAGAAAGAACGACAGAAGAAGGGAUUACCUCCAAUUAGAUCUAAAACGUUAAGUGUAUGUAGUACUACUUUGUGGGUUGGUCAGGUGGAUAAGAAGGCGACCCAGCAAGAUUUAACCAAUCUGUUUGAAGAGUUUGGACAAAUUGAAUCCAUUAAUAUGAUUCCUCCCAGGGGCUGUGCUUACGUCUGCAUGGUUCAUCGACAAGAUGCUUUUCGGGCUCUUCAGAAACUUAGUUCUGGAUCAUAUAAAAUUGGGUCCAAGGUCAUUAAGAUUGCUUGGGCUUUAAACAAAGGUGUAAAAACAGAAUAUAAACAAUUCUGGGAUGUGGAUCUUGGAGUUACAUAUAUACCAUGGGAAAAAGUUAAAGUGGAUGACUUGGAAGGUUUUGCAGAAGGAGGCAUGAUUGACCAGGAAACUGUAAAUACUGAGUGGGAAACUGUGAAAAGCUCAGAACCCGUUAAAGAGACGGUCCAGACAACUCAGAGCCCAACUCCAGUUGAAAAGGAGACAGUGGUCACAACCCAGGCAGAGGUUUUUCCUCCACCUGUUGCUAUGUUACAGAUUCCAGUAGCGCCAGCUGUGCCUGCAGUUAGUUUAGUCCCACCAGCAUUUCCUGUCUCAAUGCCAGUUCCUCCUCCUGGAUUCAGUCCAAUCCCUCCACCUCCUUUUCUGCGAGCGAGUUUUAACCCUUCACAACCACCUCCUGGUUUCAUGCCACCUCCAGUUCCACCACCUGUUGUACCACCACCCAGCAUUCCACCAGUAGUACCAACAUCUUUAGUGCAGCCACCAUUAUCCAUGACUCCAGAAACUGUCAAAGAUGUUGGAUUUGGUGGUCUUGUUUUGCCGGGUGGUUCUGUUGCCAGCAGUCUUGCUACUUCCACUCUUCCAGCUGGAAAUGUUUUUAAUCCUCCAACUAAACAAGCAGACCCUGAAGAAAAAGUACCUCAUCUUUUAGACCACCAGAUUUCUUCUGGUGAAAAUACCAGAGCAGUGAUUCCAAAUGAUAUUCCAAGUAGCCCUGCAAUUUUAGGAGGACAACCACCAAAUGUGACAAGCAAUUCUGGAAUUCUGGGAGUCCAAAGACCAAAUGUAUCGAGUAAUUCUGAAAUUAUUGGAAUCCGGCCAUCUAAUGUUUCCAGUAGUUCUGGGAUUAUUGGAGCCCAGCCACCAAAUAUUCUAAAUAACUCUGGAAUUUUGGGACUACAGCCACCAACUGUGUCAAGUAGUUCUGGACUUCUGGGAGUGCUACCCCCAAAUAUCCCUAAUAAUUCCGGACUUAUAGGAGUACAGCCACCAAAUGUUCCAAAUGCCCCUGGACUUUUGGGAACACAACCACCAGCUGGGCCUCAAAAUUUACCCCCUUUAAAUCUCUCUAGUCAAAGGAUGCCCACAAUGCCAAUGUUAGACAUUCGUCCAGGACUGAUACCACAGACGCCUGGACCAAGAUUUCCUUUAAUACAGCCUGGAAUUCCACCCCAACGGGGAAUCCCUCCCCCAUCGGUACUUGAUUCAGCUCUUCAUCCGCCUCCCCGUGGUCCUUUUCCUCCAGGAGAUAUUUUUAGUCAGCCAGAAAGACCUUUUCUAGUUCCUGGAAGACAAAGUGUAGACAAUGUUGCUAAUCCAGAAAAAAGAAUACCACUUGGGAAUGAUAACAUUCAACAGGAAGGAGAUAGAGAUUACCGGUUUCCUCCUAUUGAAGCCAGGGAAAGCAUUAGUAGACCUCCCCCGGUGGAUGUUAGGGAUGUGGUUGGACGGCCUAUAGAUCCAAGAGAAGGUCCUGGAAGGCCUCCAUUAGAUGGUAGGGAUCAUUUUGGAAGACCUCCUGUCGAUAUUAGAGAGAAUCUUGUGAGGCCAGGCAUAGAUCAUCUUGGUCGAAGAGACCACUUUGGCUUUAAUCCAGAGAAGCCCUGGGGGCAUAGAGAUUUUGAUGAGAGAGAACAUCGGGUUCUACCUGUCUAUGGUGGUCCAAAAGGCUUACAUGAAGAAAGAGGUAGAUUUCGGUCUGGAAACUAUCGAUUUGAUCCUAGAAGUGGUCCUUGGAACAGAGGAUUUGGACAAGAAGUUCACAGAGAUUUCGAUGACCGCAGAAGACCCUGGGAGAGGCAAAGGGAUAGGGAUGACAGAGAUUUUGAUUUCUGCAGAGAAAUUAAUGGAAACCGCCUUGGACGAGAUAGAAUUCAAAACACCUGGGUCCCCCCUCCUCAUCCUCGGGUUUUUGAUUUUUUUGAAGGGGCCACUUCUCAACGAAAAGGUGAUAACGUGCCUCAGGUUAAUGGUGAAAAUACCGAGAGACAUGCCCAGCCACCACCUUUACCAGUACAGAAUGAUCCUGAACUUUAUGAAAAACUGACAUCUUCAAGUGAAAUAAACAAGGAGAAGAGUGACACAGUUGCUGAUAUAGAAAGUGAACCAGUGGUAGAAAGCACAGAAACUGAGGGGACAUAAUCAUCACUCAGUAGGCAAGAUGAUGAAUGAAGUUCUGGCAGCUUCCUGUGUCCCAGGCCUUGUAGAAAUAAAUGAGACGUGCUUCAAAGUUCUAAUGUGCAUCACAUCGGAUCUUGUUUAAGGAAGCGUUAAAAGGAACCCGCCGUUCCCUAUUGAGAAGGCUCUGUGCUCUCAGGCAUUGUUUCUGAUUGAAUCCAGAGGUUGCAAGCGUGCCUCCCUGUAUUACCUGUUGGAGCAGGUUUAAUUUUAUAAAUUUUAAACACAAACUCUAUGAGUUUCCAGUUCAUAAUUGUUCGUUUUGAGGAUGCACUCAGAUGAACAGUGUCGCAUCUGUAAGAGAUAUGCACUUCCGCAGGACCCGAACGGACUGGAAUAUAAAUGGCAACAAACCCAUCGGUAGCAUCAUCCAGUACGAGUGAUGGAAAGGGCAGAUGGCGAGGAGACCCUUCGGAGGGGGGAAAAGUCAGACUUGGAGUUGGAGCUACAGAUUAUUAGAACCAUAGUGUUGGUAAACCAUGGCUUUUUUCUUGAACACAACGUGCAUAGACUGUAGUUCUUGGCUGGUGACUUAAAUCUAUUAGGAGUCACCUCCUUGGACCUCUCAAGCUUCGAAAGUCUUGAGCUUUCAUGGAAAAAAAUCCAUGCAGCUUCGAGGAAAUCCAGGGUGCAAGAUAGUCUUCCAGGUAUUCCGUUCCAGUCUUCAGUGUCCUGUUAUUACAAAUAGCAAGUACCCAGGUGGCAGAUGAGAAGUCUAGUGGGAGAGGAAGGAAAUGACAUUGAACGGGCAUAUUACAUUGUAUUGUACACAUACUUUAUAAGUACAUUUCUUAUUAGCUUCUUAUUCAGGCAGAGAUUAUAAAAGUUUGCUGCAAGUGUCCAGACCAGGAUUUUGUGUUUUGGAAAUUAUCAGUGUUCACAAGACCUGCAGGGAAAAAAAAAAAAAAAACAAUGACAAAAACUCAGAUAAGAGCACUCUUUACACCUAAAAGAAUAUUUUUAUCAUUCUUUUCUUUGUUUUGGCUCUGUCACAAAUUAAAGUACUUGGAAUGCGAUAGUCUGUGGUCUCUUGAAAUGGAAUCAAUGAGAACCUGACACUUUCACAGGAUGCUGUCACUUUGGACAUUCAUAAUAAAAUUUGAAACUAA